GUCGGUGCUCGCCCUGCUCGCCACUGCGUCCGCGCAGAUCCCCUCCCUGGGGUGGUGCCCUGACUUUCAGCCCAUGGCUAAUUUUAACAUGAACCGGUUCCUGGGCACUUGGUUCGAGGUAGAGCGGUACUUUACGGUGAGCGAGCUGGGUAGCCGCUGUGUAACCACCAACUACGUCAGCACACCGGAGGGCAGGAUCCUGGUCAGCAACGAGAUCACCAACUACAUCACUGGUUUGAAGCGCCUCAUGGAAGGACAUCUGCAGAUGGUUGGUCGAGAAGGAGAAGGCCGCUUUAUGGUGAAAUACUCCUCCCUCCCGCUGCCCUAUGAUUACGAGUACAGCAUUUUGGACACAGACUACGACAGCUAUGCCGUCAUGUGGUCGUGCAGCGGUCUGGGACCGGUACACACACAAAGCGCCUGGUUGCUUACAAGAGAAAGGCUUCCAUCGUUGAUGAUCAUGCAGAAGGCAUACGCGGUCUUGGACAGGUUCAAGAUUUCGAGAGCUUUCUUCGUGAAGACCAAUCAGGCAGACUGCACUGUUCUACCAGACCCUAUAGCAGACCCGUCGUACGAUGAGACCAGGAAGAUAGUACCGAUCGUGGAGAAGAGUGCGGGAGAUGUGGUCGUUGGCGACAAGGUGGAACAACCUGUUGAGAAACGAGUAGAACCUGUGAAAGCCAACGUACCGCAAGAGCGAGCUGCUAUAGCCUCUCCAGAGCUAGCGGAAGACGGUAAACCUUUGCAAGUUCCUGAACUUAUAAUGUCAGAGUCCGAAAAGAAGGAACAAAUGGCUGAACCAGUGCCAAACCUGAAGAUGGAUCCAUCGAUACCCGCAGAAGCAGAGAUGAAAGACAAAGAACCAGUCAAAUUAAAUUGACUGUAGUGAACCGGACGAUGAUGUGAUCGGAUGAG